AUGCUUCGAAUUGUCACCUUCCUCAGGGCGGCAAUGUCAGAGGCCCAAACGUGCCUUCUGUUUUUUCCAGGAACAACACUGAACCUGUUGAAAUUUCCAAUUAUUAAUCCUACAUGUGACAGGAUAUUCCGAAGGCAGGAGAGGCUGAAAGAGGAGGCAGCAAAAACAGAAGAUCAGCUAAGCAGUGAAGAAAAAAAGUACCUUAAUCACCUUAAAAAGCAAGGUUACUUAGUGGGAAGAGUUGGAAGAACAUUUCAACGGCAGAAGUCUAGCCCUGUGGUUGACUUUGACCCUGACAUGCUCUCAUACAGCAUAGAUGAAGAUCCCAGGCAUUCCCCUAGGAAGCAUGAGGAAAGGGAAGAGUUCACACACAACGAAGUGAAGGAUGCUCGCUGGUGUUUUGACACUCCAGGGAUUGUAAAGGAAAACUGCGUUUUAAAUCUCCUGACAGAGAAAGAAGUAAAGCUGGUUUUGCCAACACAUGCCAUCAUUCCACGGACCUUCAUUCUCAAGCCAGGAAUGGUCUUGUUUUUAGCAGCCUUGGGACGUGUAGACUACUUACAGGGAGAAAAGCCUGCCUGGUUUUCUGUCGUGGCUUCUAACCUGUUGCCAGUCCACAUUGCUACCCUGAGUAACGCAGAUGCUAUCUACGAGAAGCAUGCUGGCCAAGAGUUACUAAAGGUUCCCAUGGGUGGGGAAGAGCGAAUGAAAGAGUUCCCCCCACUUGUCCCUCAGGACAUUACACUGGAAGGAAUUGGUACCACUGAGGCAGUUGCAGAUAUCAAGCUUUCCUCUGCAGGCUGGGUGGCAGUGACAGCUCACGCAGAAGAGAAACUGCUGCUCCGAGCCUAUACUCCCAAGGGCACCGCGUUGGUGGUGCGGGAGCCUCCCCUUUUGCCGUACAUCAGUACCAUCAAAGGGGCCCGGAUCGCAGGCACUGCUGCUUAUAGGACCAAAAAGCCUCCUUCCCUGGUGGAGAACCUGAAAACCACGGGGAGGCAAUAGCACUUCUCAUCGUCUGAGCAAGGUAGAAGACAGAACAGCCUGUGGAGAACCUUGUUGUUUACUGAUAUUCAGGAGGGCUUGGACUCCUUUUUAAAGGCGGACAGGCACGUUUUUGAAAGCCGGCCUGGGGGGAAGUAAAGCACCUGAUUCAGGACUCCACAAGUCCACGCCUGAUCCAGCAACUGAACCGCAGCCAUUUUGAAUGAGCUGAGUGGCUGGUACCUUGCUAUGAGAGGUGAAACAGCUUCUCCCUGGGACCUGCCAGUAUCUAUGAGCAAAUCCCUUUACCUGUUCCCUCUUGAAAUACAGGAUGGAAACUCACCUGCCUGCCCUGGGCUGCCUUUGCUGGUUAUAGAGUAGGUCUUCUCUUGCGGACAUGCUCCCACAGGUCAGAAACCAUCACCUUGUUCUUGGAGGCUUUACGGUGUUUCCAGAGUUGAAGGAGGUAGAGGGAGUGGGGAGGAGCGGGGAAUGCUCCAGCGUGGGUAUGACCCUCCUAGUGGCUGAUAGUAAUUCAACAACAUUGACCCCAAAGGGGUCCUUUCAGUCCUUCAACAUCUUGGGGAGAUGAGGGAGUGCAGCGCCCUGCUUUUGGAUACAGGAAAGGUGAAUUAAUGAAAAGUAGGCUGCUUAUGUGCCUGAAGAGGAAACUUCUGCAACUCACUGCUCUGAUUUGGUUUCUGUAGUUUGUAUAAAGGUUUCUGAAACUGAGGGUGUAAAAUAAAACUUUUCAAAGA